GAGGUUACAUCCCUGAAAUUUGGUCCUGAGCAGACUCCUUUGACCUGAGGGAGCAUAGAACUUCCCCUGGCAUAUUCCUUGUGCACCCGCGGUAGCUAGGAAUAAAACAAUGAGCGGAUUAAAGCCAAGCCGAAUGAGAUCGGCUUGAACCGAGUGGAUUCGAACCGAGCACUAACCCUGUCACACGUGGGAAAAACGGAACAUUUUCACAAAGAUACCCGCCUAUUUCAACGUCUGAUUGAAACUGGUUUCUGCAUUUUCGGGUGUUGAAUUCGAAAGACAAUCAAUUGUCACAAAACCCUAACCCUAGUUUUUGAUGUUUUUUCUUCUAUACUAAAAGGAACGAACCCUUGUUUUUCUUUUCUGUAUUAUGAAACAGUGAAAAUGGAGAGUGGAGAUGGCUUGAUCUAUGGCUCGACGUAUCCGGAUCCAGCUUACAAGCCUUUGCCUCUGCUUUAUAUGGGAUGCCUUAUGGUAUGGUCGGUUUCUGCAUUUUCAUGGACCUUCAACACUUGGAGAAAGCGCCGUUUUCAGACGAACAAUCUGCAGUGGAUGCUCACAUUGGUACCAUCCAUUAAAGCAAUGCAAUUGGGAUUGUCAUGUCUGUUCUGGUACUCAUGCUUUAGUUUCCAGACAUGCUCUUUAUGGGUAUCUUUCGGGGUAUACAUAACUGGAGUUUUCUUCCAGAUAACAUGUUUGGUGUCAUUCCUUCUCAUUUCUCAUGGUUAUAGUAUCAUGUGUGAACGCCUAUCAGUAUCAGAACAUCGCACUACAGCUACAAUGGCUUGUGUUCUGUAUUUGACACUUGUGGGUUAUAAAGCUGCAUUGCCCUACUUUUCUGUCCUCCUGUUGCUUAACCAUAUUGUAUCAUACUAUGUUAUCUUCCUCCACAUCUACCAGAACCUGUUAGCAUUGCGGGAGCAGUUGAAUUAUAUAGAACAAGAGAACAUGCCAGCUACUCGUGAAGCGGUAUAUAUGAAGUACAAAAUGUUCAAGAACUUUCAAGAUGCGAUGAAGAUAGCAGCCCUUGUGGAAAUUUUGAUUUAUAUUAACACAGGUGGUGCUACAGAUAAUUAUUGGAUCCGACUGUUAAUCCGGGAGUGGUCACAGUUCUGCAUAUUCUUCUAUGUUGGAUGGAUUUUCAGGUCACAGGAAGUUUCACCUGGAUUUCAUGUUGUGCCUACUGUGAAUUCCAAAGGAAGAAAGACAAUACCUACCAUCUACAGCAUAGAAAUGGAUGAGGCGGAUUUCAGUAAUUUGGAUUUCCAUGAAUGGCAAAUCGGGGUGCCGGCUUCCUCCGCAGCCGCUGACAACUCAAGUUGCAAAAGCCAUUUCAUUGUAGUCAAGAACCCUGGUGCUUCAACCAAGGGCAUAUCGGGAAACAUAGCUGCUUCGACCAAGGGCAAUUUAGGAACUCUAGCCAGUUCAAGGUUAACUAGUGUGUCUUGUACAAACUUCUAUACACAAGGAGGUACUGAUGAUGUUUAAUUGAAAAAAUGUUUCUUUUUCUUUUUUUUUCUCCUUUUUUUUUUUCGAUUGGUUCCCAUUUGAGCCUCCUAUAUAUUUAUGUAAUUAUUGGACUUGUUUAUUAUGUAUUAUAUGAAGAAGCCUUGAGCUUCCACAUUCGUGUAUGGCCAA